AUGGCAAAUCUCUCCAAGUAUUUGCUCAAGAAAGCCACCGACCCAGUUCAACUGGCAGACUACGUGUGUGACCACUACGGAGCUGACCUCGCUGUGGACAUAGCUGUCUGCGUGCUUGAAUGUAUCAACCGAAGAGACACGGCAGCUAAACUCAAGGAGGAGAAAGGAAAAGAUUACAAGAUGAAGUACAGAGAACACGUACAAAAGAAUUACCACUGGAUAAAAGACAUGAACGCUCGUAUUGGUGAGACAGUGACUCUGAACUCCAGGUAUACAAGGCUGGUUCUUGUUAGUGGACAUCGCCACAAAAAAAAGAAGGAACACGAAAUCAUGGCUGUGGGACGGAGACAUGCAGAAAUCAUGCAGGAACAAGUGAAUUCUUCCAUUGAUAUAAGUGAUCUUUUUAAGCCUGACAGUGAUAAACAGACACCAAAAACUGUUGUGCUAUUGGGAGCUGCAGGAAUUGGGAAGACAAUAACAGUAAGAAAGAUAAUGCUGGACCGGGCAUCAGACAGACUCUAUAGCUAAUUUGAUUAUGUUUUCUACAUACAUUGUCGGGAGGGUAAUCUUACAGCUCAGGGGAGUAUGGUUGACAUGAUCUUCAAAUGCUGCCCCAGUGAUAAUCCACCCUUGAAGAGACCAGAAAAACUCCUUUUUGUCAUCGAUGGCUUUGAUGAACUGAGGUUUUCUUUGGACCAGCCGCAAAAUGAUCUGUGCCCGUGGGCGAUGAAGCCAGUGGAAAUCAUCCUGAGCAGUUUAUUUAAGAAAAUCCUUCUCCCUGAAUGCUCCCUGUUGAUCACAACAAGACCAGCUGCCCUACAAAAGCUGGAACAGUGCUUGGUGUGUGAAUGCUCUGCUGAAAUACUGGGAUUUUCAGCAGCUGAUAGGGAGGAAUAUUUCUACAAGUUUUUUGAAAAUAAGGAUGAAGGAAGGAAGGCCUUUCAGUUUGUUAAAGGAAAUGAAAUGGUCUUCACCAUGUGCCUUGUCCCCAUCAUGUGCUGGAUUGCCUGUACGGUUAUGAAACAACAGCUUGAAAGUGGUGAAGAUCUUACACAAACCCCCAAGACAACUACAGGAAUUUAUGUCCUUUAUGUUUCCAGCUUACUAAAAUCUCUGAGCAGCAAGUUGAAACAGAACUUGCACAUUAUCCUGAAAAGAAUUUGUUGCCUGGCUGCUGAUGGCAUCUGGAAGCGAAAAGUUCUCUUUGAGGAAGAGGCAAUCAACAAAUUCUUGCUAAAUCAGAGAGACACUCUCCCACUUUUUUUGAAUGAGAGCACUUUUCAGAAGGGCAUUGUAUGUGGGAGUGCCUACAGUUUCAUUCAUCUGAGUGUCUAAGAGGUCUUUGCAUCUCUAUUCUAUGCACUAGAAGAUGAUGGUGAAACAAGAGAUAAGCAAGAAGAUCCUAAAAGGGAUGUGAAAAAAUUGUUAGAAAACUAUGGAAAAUCAAGACACGAUUUCAUGUUAACUGUGCGGUCCCUAUUUGGUCUCUUAAAUAAAGAACGAAGAAAUGUUUUGGAAAAAGAAAUGGGGUGCAAAAUAUCUCCUGAAAUUAAGGAAGAAUUACUAACGUGGCUUCAAACUAGUCAAAAAACAGCUUUAGCUGUUAAUGCAGAGAAAAGAGCAGUGAUUCAUGAUUUGGAGGCUUGCCACUGUUUGUAUGAAAUCCAAGAUGAAAGUUUUGUGAAAACCGUAUUGGGUUAUUUCACCGGAAUAUAUCUACGAGACAACAAUUUCACCCAGCUGGAGCAGUGCAAGCUCACAGCUGCCUGCUGUGAGGUUCUGGCCACGGUGCUCAGCACCAACCAGUACCUGACGGAGAUGAGACUGCGUGGAAAUGCUCUGGGAGACCCAGGGGUGCGGCUGCUAUGUGAAGGGCUGAAACAUCCCACCUGCCGGCUGCAGAGAUUGGGGUUGUGGAGUUGCAGUCUCACAGCUGCCUGCUGUAGGGAUCUGGCCACUGUGCUCAGCACCAGCCAGACCCUGCUGGAGCUGGGGCUAGGGGCUAACACACUGGGAGAUGCUGAAACACCCUGCCUGCCAGGUGCGAGUCCCCGG